AUGGUCAAGCGGACCGUCGUUGACGUGGAGCGUGAUAGUCUCCCAUGUGAAGGUCAGAAAACCGACAACACAGAUCAGGAAAUGCUCAUUCCGACGUCCCCAGCGACGCCUCCGGAGCUUCGGACACCAUCUGAGUUUCAGGACAGUGACACGGAGAUGCUUCCAGAGGAUGAUGUGGUUUGGCUGAUGAGCUCGCCGGUAUGGAUCACUCCGGAUGACGAUGACGAUGAGAUUCUGACGGAUGCACGGGAUCCUGACAAGAUGAAGGAGCUGCCGACAUCCGCUGCAUCCACUGCCCCGCCUUCUCCGGCUCUAACUGCGCUUUGUGCAUCUGCAACAGCACCCGUACCCAACAGAGACGCUGCGUGGCAGCUUCAGCGGGAAAAGGAACUGUCUGCUCUUUCACGUGAAGAGCUCCGGGAAGAGCUUGGACUUGACGGCACAGACAUUGCACAGAGUUGGAGCCAGCACGAUCUCUUGAUUACCUUAGUCGAGAUCGAGAAGGUCAUUCCAGACAUGUCUCGCUUGGUGAUCUGA